UUUAUAUAUACGCAUCAAACGCCUGGCGCGACUCUACACCGCACCAUUUCGCCCCACGCUGACAAGAGCGCUCGCAGUCUCGCAUCGAUGUACUCGUGCGAGCAGGACCACACAGCGGCGGCGGCGCGCACCGCGCUCGCCAACACGGGCUACCAGCCGUGCGCCGCGCGCCGCUCGCUCCAGCUCGCGGCUCACCAUCAGCCCGGCAAGCAAGCAGUACCCCCGGCCGCGGCCGCCUUGCAGCCGCGGCGCGGGAAGAACAAGAAGCACGGGUCGUCGCGGUCGCGGCCGUCGUCGUCGCGCCGGUCGUCGACCACCGUGGUGGCCACCGACGUCGACAACUUCCGGGCCAUGGUGCAGGAGCUCACCGGCUUCCCGGCAGCCGCCAUCUUCCGCCCGCUGCCGCGCAGGGUGCACGCGGCCAGCCCCUUCGCCGCCGGCGGCGGCGGCGCGGGACAGGGAUGCUCCGGUAGCGAUCGGCAUGGGCACGGCGGUUCGGAGGCGACCAACAAUAGUACUGCCGGCGGCGUCGGCAGCAGCAGCCCCGACGCUCCGGCCCCGCUGCCUGCGAUGGCGCCGCCGCUGGGCGUGUUCGACUUCGACGGGCUGACGGACCUCGGGUCGCCGGAGUUCGACACCUCCUGGGGAGAUCUGUCCAUCGAGUACUAAGCACUCGUUGGGUCCUCUUUGGCCGGCCGGCUAGAUUAAUGGAUCGUUCAAGGAUGGUAACCUGGCUGGUCAUUAAUUUCCUUGCGCUCAUGUGUUCUGCGCAUGUUGUUCUGUGCUCCCAUGUGUAACAUGAUGGCAGCACUGCUUAUUGUUUUCAAAAGGUAUGCGUUAAUCAUGCUCAUGUAAGCAAAUCACCAUACUCUGGAUUGGCUUCGUUGACUUUUGUAAUCACACAGUGUUUUCUUUUAGACAAUGGAAAGCGUUGUGACCAUUUGCAUCCAA